AGGCCAUUAGAGUCAGAGCUUUUCUUUUCUUUUCUUUUUGUGAGACUGCCUUUUAUGAGUGGGUGUGUCGAAUCAAUGUGGCGCAGUGUAAGGGGUUUGCUAGCGGUUCCUAGGACGGGGGGCGGGGGAGGGGGGGGGGGGAUUUUAUGAGUAGUUUAAUCUGAGAGCGGCCCCAUCGGCGCUGGCUAACUGAACGGGAAUGGCAGUUUGGACCAGAGCUGAUAAAAACGGCCAGCUGGACCUACUUCUCCGCGACCGCUGGGUCCGUGUGUCCGCUGAACUCGGCCGAGAAACGCUGACUUUGACGGCCGAGGCGGAGGUAAGCGGGCAGGGGACCAACCGCUGGGACCACAGCACUUCCGCGGAUGGCAUGUCGAAUGGAAACGAACUGGAAACGAGGUCAGGGAACCCCGGCUGCAGUCUGUCUACUGGCCACGAGCAAUUUCAGAAGGGCUGCGGCAGCAGCAGCGGCAGCAGCAGCAACAGCAGCAGCCCUGCUAGUCGGGGUCAGUAUGACGGCACCCGCGGGUUAAGCAGCCCCGGGAAGUACUCGAAUAACGGCACAAACUCUGAUUUGGGGAGUCCCGGGUCGAAUCCCUGUUCGAGGCAAGGCGACGUUCCAGGGAGUGCGGACGUCUGCACGGAGGCUGUGCGAAAGGUCCGAGUUGUCAAACAGGAGUCUGGCGGGCUGGGGAUCAGCAUCAAGGGGGGGCGCGAGAAUCGGAUGCCGAUCCUUAUCUCCAAGAUCUUCCCGGGGCUCGCUGCAGACCAAAGUCGCGCUCUUCGCGUGGGCGACGCCAUCCUGUCGGUGAAUGGUAACGACCUCCGGGAGGCAACGCACGACCUGGCGGUGCAGGCCCUUAAGAAGGCAGGAAAACAAGUGACGCUGGAGGUGAAGUACAUUCGUGAGGUUUCUCCGCUAUUCAAGAAGUUUUCCCUGGUGGCUGACUUGCCAUGGAAUGGCAUUCGGCCACAGUCUCCCAGCUACAACGGCAGCGAGGAUUCUGGAUCUCCUAAACACAGCUCCUCCAAAGACCGGAAGGUCAUCACCUUGAAGAUGUGCUUCAUCAGUAGGAAUCUAACCAUGCCAGACCUGGAGAACAGACUGUUGGAGCUCCAUUCUCCAGAUGGUCAGCACACACUGGUUCUUCGCUGUAAAGAUGCCUCCACUGCCAACUCCUGGUUCACUGCCAUCCACACCAACAUUGCUGCCCUGCUCCCACAGACCCUGGCUCACAUCAAUGCUUACCUGGGGGCCUCGGCCUCCAAACAGCCUCAACUGAAACACAUUGGGUGGCUGGCUGAACAGGUCCAGCUGGAAGGUGGACGGCAGCAGCACAGACCGGUUGUCAUGGCACUUACGGAAAAGGACAUUCUACUCUUUGAGUCUGUGCCACGGGGUAGAGAAUCAUGGGCGUUGCCUUUGCUCACUCACCCACUCCUUGCCACAAGACUGGUGCUUUCUGGCAGUGCCCGUGGCUCUCCUGCCCAGAGUUCUGACCUGGUGUUUGCCACUCGGACCGGCACAGGGCAGGGCAUCGAAUCACACAUCUUUCGUGUGGAGACCCACUGGGAUCUCUCUUCAUGGACAAGAGCUCUCGUACAAGGCGCACAUGCCGCUGCCGAACUCAUCAAAGAAGUCUCAAUUGGCUGCACACUGAACAGACAAGAUGUCCGGCUGACACUGCACUAUGAGAAAGGCUUUACUGUGACAAGAGAACCAGCCAACCCAGCUAGUAGAGCCGUGCUGUUCAGAUACCCCUAUGAAAAACUCAAAAUGUCUGCAGAUGAUGGAAUACGCAGCCUUUACCUUGAUUUUGGGGGUCCUGAGGGAGAAAUGGUAUUUGACCUCCACUCUGGUCCAAAGCCAGUUGUAUUUGUGCUCCAUGCUUUCCUUUCGGCCAAACUCACUCGUAUGGGCCUGCUCACAUGAAGUGACAUCAACCUGAGUGACCUGUUCACCAACGAGCUCAGGCACACCAUGGACUAAUCCCCCAUGAUGGUGAUAUCCUUGAAAAUCUUCACAGCUUCACAGUUCACUCAGAACUGACAGCACAGGAAUGAAUCCCACCACCGCCCACCCCCUUCAUAAAAAUGUGCCUUUGCUUCCAUUUUCUCCUUUCCUUCCCACAGCAGCUUUAUUGCUAGGUCAAGUCAUAAAGUAGCACUUUACUUGAGGUUCUCUGGCUUUAUCAAUUAAAAAAGCUUUUAUCAUUCCAGUGAUUAGUUUAGUGAACAUUAAAGACACUAUGGGCCAUAUUCUCACGUUGAAUAUCCCAUGGCACGCAGUCGCACACUGACUGCGAUGGUUCACCCAUCGAGUAAUGUCUGUCAUUUACGCACCGUCCAGCCAGAUAUGCACUCUGGUUGGGGCAUUCCCUAUCAAAUCUGGACUCGCGCGUAUUCUCUAGUCGACUUAUGCACAUUUCGCAUUUUUACGCACUUGAGAGUCUGUAGUAUGUCAAGCGUCCUUGGAAGGUGCAAAAUCAUAUUGCACUUGAAGUUUGGAUGCAGUUACAAUAUAUGCCAAGUAUUAAUAAUAUUGAAAGAUCAAGUGUAUUUUAACUGCCACUGUCAUGAUUUAUUUUUUUUAUAUAUAUUUAAAUCUCGAUCUGGGGUCUCCAACCACUAUGCGUGGCCACACAGAGGCUGAUUAAAAAGACAUUUCAUCAAAGAGGCAUUGUAAGUCGGUGAUUACAGCGUUGUUGUGUUGUGAUAUUUACUAGCAGAGAAUAUCUGCGGUAGCACACUUUUUUUCACCAUUUGUUUACGAUGCUCACCUACAACUGCAAGGACCGAAUCCACUUAAAACAUGUUCCCUGCCGGCAUUAAAAGACAAAACAUUGGAGUUUUUUAGAUGGCACUGGCAUGUUGACAAGAAACAUGUGCAGGACUCCCAUUAAUUACAAGAACCACAUUCAUCGUAAUGGUGAGUUGUAUAUUUAAUAUUUUUUCAAAUUGUUUCUAUGGCUGUCUCUCAAAAUAUAUGAAACUGGUCUGUGGCAAAACAAAGGUUUGGGACACCCGAUCGAGAGCAUGGUAGGAACACCGUGUUUUGUAUUUGUAUUGAUGGGCCCCCAAAACAUAUAUUUAGUCAUCAGCAAACUAUUAAUAUAAUUAUUUCAUUCAAUUAUUGUUAUUAGAUUUAUUUCAUUCAAAAUAAGAUAACAUACUUACCUUCAAAGUGUAGCCGGAGCGGUCUCCACGUUCUGAAUGGUAUUUUCAAAUUUAAAGGUUGCUUUAUAUUUUUCACAGAUUUUACAUUCACAACAAGUCUAAGGAAAAGUACACAUUCCAGGAUUUGCACGCAGCCUCAGCUGUCAAUGAAUCACGCCUCUUUGGUGUUUCCGCAUUCAUUACCAGCUUAGGCGUGAUGGGGGUGUCUGAAGUCUGGACAGGAGAAUCCGUCUAGAUGAAAAGUGCUCAAGUCAAGGCGUGUAUAAAAGGACUUAUGCGUGAACUGGAAAAUAUGGCCCAAUAUGAUGUGAAUGGUUAGAUGACCUCAUCCUACUAACAUUUAAGUUUUACUAUUUAAAAAUAUAAAGGUUAUAAUGAAGGAUUUUAGACAAUCAAUAAACAGUGGAUGUCUGAUGUGUAAAUACCCCACUUCUUUGCCUAGCAUUCCAGUGCAGCCUUCCAGUGUACUUUAGGCUUGUUUAAUUUUUUUAAUUUUUUUUAUAUCAGAAAGUGACAAAAGAAGACUUUUAGAGUCAGUAUGCAGUUCAACAUGCCGAGACUAUGCAAAUAAAGCGAAUAUGUUUGUGUGUUUGUCUUUCUCGUGCUUGUGGCUGCUUGCUUGUGUGCCUGCUGUCUGGCAAACACGCUUCUCUCUUUUAAUUAAGUCCAUUUUUUAUUCUUCAAACAAUAGGUUUUUAUGCUUUAAAACUUGUACAAACAGUAUUACACUUAUUGUGGCAUCUAAAUAGUUUUUAUUAGCAUGACUCGCUGCCAUCAAAUUUGACCUGAGCUUUUUAAGAUGUUGUUUGUAUGACCAAGUAUGACCUACCUUACUUCCAUCUAUGCAUUUUCUAUACCCCUUCACUCCUUUAGGGUCUCAGUUGAGCUGGAGCAUAUCCCAGCUGACAUUAGGCGAGAAGCAGGGUACAGUCUGAACUCAUCACCAGCCCAUCCAUCCAUCCAUUUUCUGUACCGCUUAACUUCACUAGGGUCGCGGGCGUGCUGAACCUAUCCCAGCUGACUCUGGGUGAGAGGCUGUGAGGUAUAUGUGCUAACCAGUCGCCCUCAUCACCAGCCAACCGCGUAUAAAUAAACCAUUCAGACUUUCAAUUUAGAGUCUGCCUUCCUAACUUCAGGUUCAAUAUUACUCGAUAUUACAUACCUGUUAAUAGAUUUGUGUUACCCAUCCAUCCAUCCAUUUUCUGAGCCGCUUCUCCUCACUAGGGUCGCGGGCGUGCUGGAGCCUAUCCCAGCUGUCAUCGGGCAGGAGGCGGGGAACUGGUUGCCAGCCAAUCGCAGGGCACAUAGGAACAAACAACCAUUCGCACUCACAGUCAUGCCUACGGGCAAUUUAGAGUCUCCAAUUCAUGCAUGUUUUUGGGAUGUGGGAGGAAACUGGAGUGCCCGGAGAAAACCCACACAGGCACGGGGAGAACAUGCAAACUCCACACAGGCGGGGCCGGGGAUUGAACCCGGGUCCUCAGAACUGUGAGGCUGACGCUCUAACCAGUCGGCCAACCGUGCCGCCAUUUGUGUUACCAUUAUUCCAUAAUUUCCUCAGGCUCUUAUAUAGAUGCCAUAUCGAGGCACUCGUGUUUUUUAUGAUUUUAGUUAUUAGAGGCAAACAAUUCUCAUUUGCUAUGAGUCCCAUAAUCUUUCUUAUAUGGCCUCCUCCCACUAUUUCUGGAUCAAAAAGCUUGCUUCAUUGGUUUCAAAUGGCUGAUUUUUGUUCAUUUGUCACAGAGGCAUCAUUGCAUUACGUAAUUGGGAUCUUCUCCAGUCUUCAUUGUGAAUUAUAUAAUGGUCAUCUGGUUGUCCAUGAUUGAAGUUGUUCAGUGGACCUAAUUAGUAAAGCGGCUAGUACCACCAACCUUAACUCUUUCAAAACUUGAUUGAAUUUAAUCACAAGCCCAUUAUAAAUAUUGAAGGUUUUCAAAACGUGAGGUGUUCUGCCCGAGGGACGCCAGAGGACUUUAGAGGAGGCCGGGGCUGAGCAGAAAACAGAAAUGUUCCCUAAAGAAGGUCACUUUCCCAAACUCCUGGGGUCUCAAGAAUGCAUAGCACAGGUUCUAAGUUCGUUCGUAAGACUGAAAUUUAGAAUGUAAGUACAACAAAAUCCGUAUUCAUCAAAAGUGCGGACACCUGUCGUACACAUACCAGUAUAAUUUCUUUUGAUGAAUUCCACAUGGAGAAGGCGUUCGACCGUGUCCCUUGGGGAGUCCUGUGGGGGGUGCUUCGGGAGUAUGGGGUACCGAACCCCCUGAUACGGGCUAUUCGGUCCCAGUGUCAGAGUUUGGUCUGCAUUGCUGGCAGUAAGUCAGACCCGUUUCCGGUGAGAGUUGGACUCCAUCAAGGCUGCCCUUUGUCACCGAUUCUGUUCAUAACUUUUAUGGACAGCAUUUCUAGGAGCAGCAUAAAGGGGGUCCGGUUUGGUGGCCUCAUUAGUGCAUCUCUGCUUUUUGCAGAUGAUGUGGUUCUGUUGGCUUCAACAAGUCUUGAUCUCCAACUCUCACUGGAGUGGUUCAUAGCGGAGUGCGAAGCCACUGGGAUGAAAAUCAGCACCUCCAAAUCUGAGACCAUGGUCCUCAGUCGGAAAAGGGUGGCGUGCCCUCUCCAGGUCGGGGAUGAGAUCCUGCCCCAAGUAGAGGAGUUCAAUUAUCUUGGAGUCAUGCUCACGAGUGAGCGAAUUAUGGAACGGGAGAUCAUCAGGCGUAUCGGUGCAGCGUCUGCAGUGAUGCGGACUUUGUAUCUGUCUUUUGUGGUGAAGAAGGAGCUAAGGCAAAGCUGUCUAUUUACCGGUCGAUUUACGUUCCUACCCGCACCUAUUGUCAUGAGCUGUGGGUCGUGACCGAAAGAACAAGAUCCCGGAUACAAGCGGCAUAAAUGAGUUUCCUACACAGGGUGUCUGGGCUCCCCCUUAGAGAUAGAGUGAGAAGCUCGGUCAUCUGGGAUGGGCUCAAAGAGCUGCUGCUCCUCCGCAUUGAGGGGAUCCAGAUGAGGUGAUUUGGGCAUCUGAUUAGGAUGCCUCCUCGACGCCUCCCCAGUGAGGUGUACCGAGCACGUCCCACCGGGAGGAGACCCCGGGGACCACCCAGGACACGCUGGAGAGACUGUGUUUCCCGCCUGGCCUGGGAACGUCUCUGGAUCCCCCCGGACGAGCUGGAUGAAGUGGCUGGGGAGAAGGAAGUCUGGGCGUGCCUGCUAAAGCUACUGCCCCCGCGAACCGACCUCGCAUAAGCGGUAGAAAAUGGAUGAAAAAUGAUGAGAUGAUGAAAUUCCACGUUCUAAAGUGCCACACUUGUACACGUUUAGCCUAAUUUGCAUUGAGAAACGCCUCCAAUUCACCAUCUAUGGUAGCAGCAAUAAGAAUGUGCGGCUCUACUACUUCCCUCGUCAAAGUCAUGGCAAAGAAGGCGGAGAAAAUGAAUAUCUCCGAGACCGACAUUGAAGUGGAAACAAACCAUGAAACACUGUUUGGCUCAAUUAAUGCAGGGUGUUACCAACAAAAGGGGAAGAAAAUGACAUGGGAGAAUGGACGUUGCUGUUAAUUCUGUUGGACCAUAGAAAAGUGCAGUCUCGGGGGAAAAAAAAAAGUUUGACAUCAAACUCAAUGCUAAAAAAUAUGACAGCCCACAAACAAGAAUUAUCUUUAAUUAACUGGAGGUACCUGUAUUGCAAGCAUUAUUAUUAUACAGUACGUCCAGCUAGCUAUCCUUAGCUCCUGUUUGGAGGCCCACAUCCACAGAGCUCUUCUGUAGCAUCAAUGAAUCUUGCAUUCCUCCAAGCGAUGUGAAUCACAGAUUAUUUGUGCAUUGAUUGAAAGAAAUCCUUUCCUGUUCACUUAGCUGAAUUCAUUGUGUGACAGUGCUUUCAUUGAAAUAUGGGCGCAAUCUGUGGCUCCAACUAUCGUUGGGAAGUCCUUGUUUAAUUUCGGCUUGUUUUUGAUGUCUUUGUAAGAAUUGGAUCUAAAUUGGGAAUUAAUUCCAUCCAGCACUGCCGGAAUGAUUCAUCUUAUAGUGUUGCUUGCGAAAUGCCGCAAAAGUCCCCACUCUCCUGCAAGUCCAAGUUGAUAAAUGUCAUACUUUGCGUGGGAGUGUUUGUAUGCAUGCUUGACGUACAAUUCUAGGCGUACGCACACUUAAUAAAUGAGUGCGUGUAUAUCCUAAUCUUUGAUUAUAGAAAGAAUAUCUAUAAGACUGCAAAUAUCCAACAAUCGUCUAUUGAAAGUCACCUGAAUAGAAAUCAUCUCACCUAAAAAUUGGUGCCACUUUUAUUUGUCUGUAUUGUAUUUAACUGUAAGCCCCCACUGAGAUUUCUUUUGUGUACGGGUCGAAAGUUUGAUUUAAAAACAUUCACAAUUUGUGUUUGUUUGUGCUUGAAAUCUUUGGCCCAUGACCCAAAGUGAUUUUCCUAAGUUUUGACAAUUUUUUGUCAUUUUUGUCAAAACGAUUGAAUUUUUGAAACACCAACAUACCCACUAUGUACAGCAAAUGAAUUAUAAUUCUUUAAAUCACUUGCAUAUGUAAAUGCAUGUGAACGAUGUCAGUAGCUCAUAUUGUGGUUCCCUAUGAUCAUUUUUUCCAAAUGUUGAUACAAUUUAUAUUUUCUUGAUUACACCACGAUAACCUGACCAGUUUUUCACAAUUUUAAAUUGUUAAUAUAUAUUUUUGUAGAUGUAACUUAAAUUAUUGCACAUCUUGAAAGAUUCUGACCAAGACAUAUUCCUAUCCUUAAACCCACAGUAUCUGUGAUAACAUUUUUAUAGUCACCUUUGUAUCUGGUGAAUACCUGUAUUCUUAUGAUGUAACCCAAAACUCAUCCACCCCUCCCCCAAAUUAGAGGAUUAAAAUGUAUCAACUGAGUUCAUUUUAUUGGUUAUUAUUUCAAUCCAGACAAUGCAAUAUUUACUAACCAUUCAACACAGAUAAAUGGAAAAAAAUAAUAAAAAAAUGCAUACAACAUAGUUUCUCUGUUGCUAAAAGCUUGCGAUUCUGACUCUGCCAUACUGCUCUUUUACAUCUGUGCCUGUGUCAAAAUGUACAAGGUAUUUGGUGUUGUUUACCCUGACAGAUGCUGCUCCUCAACAACUGAAGCAAAUCAUGUUUAGGCAUUUUUAAUGAUUCUUUUACUGGAUUGUCUGUACUCUAUUUGGUUGUACUCUAUUUGGUUUUUAUGAUUUUGGUCAUCCUUCAGCAAGCAGUACCGUCCUUUCCUAAGCUUGGGUCUCUAAAUUUCGCUUUUGUUUUUUAUAUUUUAUAAUUGUGUAUAUUACUACCAAUAUUAAAAAAUUCUUUUUUCUCUGUUUGAAAAUGAUUAUCCUGUUUAUGCAAAUCAAUGCUUCAGAGGGUUGAGCUGCACUGUAUAACCAAAGGUAAUGUCUGUGGCAUUUUGCGCCUAACACAAUCAUUAGACAGAAGUUGCAGGGGUUUUAAUUGCUUCUGAGCAUCUGUCGUAUGCAAUGUAUUUUAGACUUUGUACCAAUAAACAGUAUGCAAUGUAAUCACACACACAAAAAAGAGAAA